UACUUUCUUCCCCAUACACACACCAACUCAAACACAAACACACAAAACAAAACUAAACGAAUCUGAGACUUCUUGAUUUUCUAAAUUUCAGUCCACUAAACAAAUAAAAAUACCCUCUUUCCAUCAUUUUCAACCAAGAAAACCUUGUGAAGUUGAGGGUUUGAACUCAGUUUGUGACUGAUAGAGAUAGUUACAAACCCAUGUUAUCUUUCAGCUCAACUGCUGAUGCGGCCAAGCUUAAUUAUUGAAACGGGUCACUUGCUCCUUUUGCUUUUUUGCCUCUGAUUCAGUGGGAUUUGUUUAGUGGGAGUUGGCUGCAUUGGAGUGGCAAAUGAAGGAAAUGCAAGAUUUGUUGAUAUUCUGUGCUGAAGAUGGGUUAUUUAUGCGGUUGGAUCGAUUUAGGUACUGAACAUGACCAGGGCUGUCCGGGACCGGAUACUUAAGGAUGCAAAUGGUGAUAGCAGUGAUCAUCUCCGCAACCAUAUUCAUUUGACGAACUGUAUUCAUUUGAAGAACCAUAUGCAUAAGCAAAGCCCUAUAUUGUCAGACAGGUCUAUUACAAGGGAUCUAGUUGUUCUUCAGAGGUCUCGAUCUCUGAGGGAUCCAUCGAUGAGUCCACCCUCAUGGAAUUCUCCGUCUGCGAUUGAUUUACUAUCAAGACGAGGUGAUAAUGGUGCGUUUGUGGGAAAUGGAAGAAGGUCUGUAGGCAUUGAGUGGCAGAGCAGUGAUAGAGAAUUUUUGCGGAGUCUACCACCUUCUACUAAUUUGCCAAUGACAGAUGUGGCUUGUGGAGAGGUGAGCAUGCGUAACAAGGAGGUUCCAGCUACGAGUGACCGUAAUCGGAAGAGUGGAGUGCGGGAGCAUGGAAGUAGUAGAAGGGAAGUAUCAGCGGGGAGAAAUUUGGCAAAUGACCUCUUACGUGGGAAAGAUGAGAGUCCAGUAGAUGGAAUUGAUUUGUUCCAUGACUUCUAUUCAGAAAACGCUGGAUUAAGGAGUACAAAACUUAAUCAAAAGGGGAGGCAUAAACAAGAUGAUCAUCCAAGAGACCUCCCUGAAAAAUUACAAGAAGUUCAAGAUGACAGUGAUGUAGCAUACUCAAACAAUCAUUGCCACGAUCCCCUUAAAGAAGCAGAAGCAAGCAUUCAUAGCCACUUCAAUGGUCUUAUAAAGAGGGGUAAGCGGCGCAAGUUUCGAGGUGCAAGGAAAAAUCGAACAGCUACAGCUACAAGAGAUACUAUGACGCAAAAUGAUAAAUCUAUUCCCUCUAAUCCAUUAGCUCAUGGUGCAGCAGCAGCACGCUCAAAAUAUAAAAUGGAGGGGAGAGGAAAAGAGUUUGGCGAUCCAAAUGUUACAAGAGCUCCCAGAAAUGGAUGUGGUAUUCCUUGGAACUGGUCACGAAUUCAUCAUAGGGGAAAAUCAUUUCUUGACAGUGCGGGCAGAAGCCUUUCUUGUGGUUUGUCGGACUCAAAGUCAAGAAAAGGCGGUAUACUGACUAAAGAAGGGGAAUUUUCUGAUAUGCCUGUGACAUCUGAUCACUCAAGUUUGUCUAGUAAAUUCAACAAGGAGGAACUUCCUUUGCUCAUUGAUGAUCAGGACAGUGCGGAUAAUGCUGCUUGGGUGCAUGAUUACUCGGGUGAGUUAGGCAUUUUUGCUGAUAAUUUAUUGAAGCAGGAAGUUGAUUCUGAUCUUGCUUCGGAAGCUAGGUCUGGUCAACAGCAGAAGUUACAACAGCACCAAACUGGUGGACAUCAAAAUCUUAUUCAAAAGUACAUGCCGAGAACCUUCAGAGAUCUAGUGGGGCAGAAUUUGGUUUCCCAGGCUCUCUCUAAUGCUGUUGUGAAAAGGAAAAUCGGGCCUCUUUAUGUUUUUUAUGGCCCUCAAGGGACAGGAAAAACCUCAUGUGCACGCAUAUUUGCAAAGGCUUUAAACUGCCAGUCAGAGGAUCAUCCUAAACCGUGCGGAGUUUGUGUGUCUUGCACUGCAUAUGACAAGGGCCGAAGUCAAUACAUACGAGAAGUAGGUCCAGUUAGUACUUUCGAUUUUCAAAGUAUUAUGGAUAUUCUUAACAGCACACUUGUUCAUCGGCACCCAUUACAGCAUAGAAUUUUCAUUUUCGAUGAUUGUGAUACCCUAUCUACUGACUGCUGGAGUGCUAUAUCAAAGGUCAUGGAUCGAAGUCCCAGGCGAGUCGUUUUUGUCCUUGUCAGUUCAAGUAUUGAUGUUUUACCUCAUAUGAUCAUAUCCAGGUGCCAGAAAUUCUUCUUCCCAAAGUUAAAGGAUGCUGAAAUUAUCUAUACUCUGCAGUGGAUUGCCACCAAAGAAGAUCUAGAUAUUGAUAAGGAUGCUUUGAAGCUUAUUGCUUCCAGAUCGGAUGGCUCACUAAGGGACGCUGAGAUGACUCUUGAUCAAUUGAGUUUGCUAGGGCAGAAAAUCUCUAUUCUCCUGGUUCAGGAACUGGUUGGACUUGUAUCUGAUGAGAAGUUGGUGGACCUACUUGAUUUAGCAUUUUCGGCUGAUACAGUCAAUACUGUUAAGAAUUUGAGAGAGAUCAUGGAAUCUGGCGUUGAGCCAUUGGCCUUGAUGUCACAACUUGCUACAGUAAUAACUGAUAUUCUUGCUGGAAGUUAUGAUAUCAUGAAAGGACGGCUUAGAAGGAAAUUCUUUCGGCGACAACCCUUGUCAAAGGAAGACAUGGAAAAACUACGUCAAGCUCUGAAAACAUUAUCUGAAGCUGAAAAGCAGCUGAGAAUGUCAAAUGACAGGUUGACAUGGCUAACAGCUGCCCUCUUGCAACUAGCUCCUGAUCAACAAUAUAAUUUGCCAAGUUCUUCCGCAGAUACUAGUUUUAAUCAGAGUCCCUUGGCCCUAAAUUACGCUAAUGGAAAUGUAAGUAACAUGCCGCGGAGAAGUAAUGCUGAACAUACUGAUGUACCUAAUAAUGCAGCAGGAAUGGCAACAAAUUCUAGAAUGGAUAACCUUCAAGCUGGUUAUUAUGGUGACACUUACAAUAAUGCUACAAUGAAAGGUCGGACUAGUCUAGACAUUAAAGGACAUUCUGGGUUGGGAAUGAUUCCUCAGCAGACGUUUGGUGUUUCUGGUCAUAACAAUAUAGUAAAGAGCAGACAGUUUCCUGCUAAAUUUAAUAAGGAAAUCGAAGAGAUGUGGUUAGAGGUUCUGGACAAGAUCCAUUCAAAUAGCAUAAGGGAAUUUUUGUACCAAGAAGGCAGACUGGUCGGAGUCAGUUUUGGUGCAGCAGGUUCAACAGUUCAUUUGACAUUUAGCUCCCAUCUGAUGCAAUCUAAAGCAGAAAAGUUUAUGGCGCACGUUUUAAAGGCAUUUGAAUCUGUUCUUGGUGCCCCUGUGAAAAUAGAAAUCAAAUGCGAGUCAAGGAUAGAUAGGAGAACAGGAAGUAAUGUUCCCCAUGUUAAAGCUUCGCAAAAUGGCUCUCCCCAAGCGUAUGCAAAACAAGGAGUUCUUAGCAUUGAAAGGAUGCCUCUGACAAGUUAUGAUGAUACUAGUGGGAGAACUUUGAGGAAUAGAGAUGAUCUAACUGAAGCUGAAGCAUUACAUUUUGAUUCAACUAGAAUGGGUAGGAGCGAAAUAGUGGAAAUUGAAGCAUCACCAAGACAACCGAAAGAUGAUCUGCAUCUUGGCAAUAUGCAGUCUGCUAGACGAGAGCUGCAAGGUACUUGGAAUGAACAACUAGCAUCUUCGCAUCAGAAUUCUAUAAUGGCUUCUCUUGCAGAACAAAAGCAACUAAGUGAAAGAGAUGGGAGUAAAAGCAUGGUGAGGAGCAAGGUUUCCCUUGCGCAUAUAAUUAUGCAGGCAGAAAGAGGUUCACAGCAAAGUGGGCGGUCAAAAAGCAAAGCUGUUUCUAUUGCUGAAAAGCUCGAACAAGAAAAUCUGAGAUUAGAACCUAGAUCAAGAAGUUAUCUUAGUUGGAAGGCAUCCAAAUUGACUCAUAAAAGGCUUUCCCGCUUAAAAGUCAGAGUGAGGAAAUCAAAAGCUUUGGUGAAAUUUGUGUCAUGUGGAAGGUGCAUGGCUACUAAGUCGCCAAGGUAAAGAUAGAGUUAUACAUCACAGAUUCGAAGAUUUCUUCAUUGUAGCCAUAAUCUGUAUGAAUUUAGUUUCCUUUUUCCUGUUACUUAAAGAGUAGAUUCUAUCUGUCAAAUUCGUUACAUUUUAGAAAUAAGAAAUUAUAGAGUAGAAGAAUGUCAAUUGCAUUGCUUCGGCUCAAAUCUUUCUUGCUUUUAAGUAUAAACUGUGCCUUCUGUUUGGAUA